AUGUGGGCUUGCCCCAGAAAUUUCGAAGGCGCAGAUUUCAGUAACGCGGUCGUCGAUCGUGUCUCGUUCGACGGGUCGAACCUGAAGGGCUCCAUUUUUAGCAACGCUGUGCUCUCCGGUACCUCCUUUGUCGGCGCGGAUUUAACGGACAGCGAUUUCACCGACACGUACAUGGGAGAAUUUAACUUGAGGGAGCUCUGCAAGAAUCCGACGCUGAAGGGAACAAACCCGGUCACACAGGCCCCCACGAAGGAAAGUGCUGGCUGUAAAUGAAGGGAGUACUUGGGCUUUGGAGGGAGGGGAGAAGGGGAGGGAGGGUCUCCCAAGGCAUGAGCGCCCGACGGAAACAGAGGAGAAAAAAGGGACUUGGGCCACAGGGCAGGGACGUGGGAGAUACACAAGGGCUCUCUGAUGACCCCGCUGCGCAUGGAAGCGGUUAAAGUGAAAUGUACGUUCACUGAGCCGAAGAGUCUCUUGAUGUUGUGUGCCUCGCAUGCCGUGACAAUACCGACGCCUCUUCGCUUGCAGAGGUCACGGCCUUUGUUGUCAUAUAAGGCAGAAAGCGACCUCCCAAAAUAAUGCCAAUCGAGAUGUUCACGCCAUCGAAGGCCUUUUCUGGCUGGCAUCAUGGCUUGAUCACCAUGCUCGACAUCUCUCCG